GAGCACCAUGUCAUGGGACCUUUAAGGGGUGUGUCUCAUUCUGCAGAACAUGGUGUGCUCGGAGGAGGCAGCAGAUCUUAAAGAUAAAGAGUCCAGUGGGUCAGGUGAAGUCCAGUGAUUUUUUGCAGCCAUAUGGACACAUCUGACCCCUGUCUCACUUCAAAGAGCUCAUCCCGUCUCUGAACACACUGCACAUGAUAAGUGAUGGACCAACGAUGCAGUAUCGUUCAAAGGAGAACUUUUUCUGUCUCAGCUCUGUUCCAUUUGAGCUAGGAUUUAAAAAGGUCACAUGGAAUUUCCUAGAGGCAGGCCAUGGAAAGGGUGCAGCUGAUGGGGUUGGCGCAGCCUUAAAACGGAGGGCAGAUGUUUUUGCAAGUAGAACAGACAUUCCAGAUGGGAGGAUGUUCUUUGAGAAGCUGAUAGAAGAGAAGUCAAAAAUCAAGCUAUUCUACAUCACAGAAGGUGAGAUAGAAGAAAAUGACAGAUCUAUACCAGACCAGCUUGAAACUGUAUGUGGUACAAUGGAAAUCCACCAGAUUUCUACCACCAAGUCUGGCCACAUCAACUGGCGAAUCCUAAGCUGUUUCUGCUCAGCUCCUGAUUAUUGCCUCUGCUUUGCCCCUGAGUCUGUGGUCCUCAACAAAGCACAGAAAAAGAAAACCACUAUGAAGACAGAGUCAUGCCAAGGGAUGCUCAAUACAACGCCUGAAAUAACCAUGUCUUUGGUGGGAGAAUGGUGUGUGGUCUGUUAUGAUGGGGAGGCCUACCCAGGUGUGGUCCAGGAUAUAGAUGAAGAGUCUGUCCAGGUGAAAACAAUGUGUAUCAUUGGGGUUAACCGGUUUUUUGGCCUCUGAAAGACGACAUCCUGUGGUACAGGCAUGAAGAUUUCCUGGGGCUUGUGCCAGAGCCAAAAUCAGUCACCAAGAGGCAUAUGAUGCUUGAUGUCUCUGUCUGGAAUAAGGUAUCAUGAUUCAUCCAUGAUGGAUGAGCAGAUGGAAGUUUGACAUGUUUUUGUCUGUUUUGUGGAAGAUUUGGUAUCAAUGACAUGUUUGUGGUGUUGCAUUUUUUAAGCAAUUGUUGAACAAAAAGUUUUAGAUUAGAUUCUAGUUGU